AUUUGCAACAUGUCAAUCACGAACCUAAAUUAUUACGUUCGACAAAAUAUAUAAAACUAUGUAAUUAAAUAUCUUUAUCAAAAUGUAAAAUUAUAACUUUAUUCCAUACUUACGAGAGUGGCUUCCUGUCCUUGAGAAAAAGAAGAUAUAUAUUCAUAAUUAAAUAAAUAUGGAAUACCGUGGUAGAAGAAAUCGACACGGAAGAGGACACUCUCGACCGAAUCCAUCUACCCCGAUACACACUGCAACCACACCACAAACCUCGAAAGCAGGGUCCGUCCUGAGUAGCUUGUGCAGUUUCUUUAUAAUGACAAGUCUAAUUGUAAUUAUUUAUUUGAUGCUAGAACACCAAUGCAGUACUUGUCAUAAGAAAUGUAAUAUGAAUAAUAUCAGCAGCACUAUUGACGAUUUAUCGAAAAACUUGUCACAGAUAAAGGAUAAUUAUUACGAUUUAGAGGUGAAAAUAUCGAAAUUCUCACAUGACUUACCGAAGAUGGAAGGGCAAAUUCAGAUUUUAGAAGGUCUAGCUAAUACCAUAGAGAAUUGUAAUUUUGUACGGCAUUAUAAAACUUCUAAAUCUUUACCUAAAGCUAACAAAUUUCAUUAUGAAACCAUCUUGCUACCUUCGACAGAGUCGGCGAAAAAUAUUAGUAAGAUUGUUGAAAGAGAAUGUAAUAUGACUAAUAGAGAAGGCUGUAAAGAUUGACUAGACCAAAAUAAUGAUUUCAUAUCUAAUAGAAAUCUCUGUUUUGGUACGUUUUAAUUUAUAUUCAGAAUAAAAUAACAGUAAAUUAUAUUAUACUUUUUUAUUAUUAACGACUUUACUGUAUCAGUACUACUUAUAAUGUGGGAGAAUACCAGACAGUUCUUGUUAAUUACCAUUAUUAAUCAUCCAGGAACUAAUAAUAGAAUAUUGUUUAUAAACCUGCUAAUGCUACAAGUUAUAAAAUGCACAGAUAUUUCUACUAUUUUAUUAAUAUAAACUCAAAAUUUCCAGUUAUUACAGUUAUUGUCAUAACAUUCAUAAUUA